AAAAACUAAUAUGAAAAGCGGAAAUAUUUUCAAUAACAGCAUCACUUUCUAUUUAUACAGAAGAAUUUUUACCGUUCAAAAAUUUUUUUUUUCUCUCAAUUCAUCAACUACUGAAAAGUCAAGGCGUUGGUUGGAGUAUAAGAAUUGAAAUUAAUUAAUCUCAUAGGUUUUUAUGACCCAAAAAAAAAGCAAAGAAAAAAAUAAUAAGAAAAUUGUUUUCUGCCGCAUAGUCGCCGUCAUUCGUUGUGAUGUGACUAAUUUUCCCAAAAAAAAAAAAAAAACAUAAAUAAAUAAAAAACAACAACAGAAAAUAAUCAAAAAAAUUAAGAACAUUCAAAGUCUAGGCAAAAUUUUUAUCAAAUCCAAGUAAACUUAAAAAAGCAUUUCUAAAUGAAUGAACACAUCGUAAUUACGUUAAAAAGAAGUUCAUUCAUUUUAAUUCAGUAUAUAGUAGAACUCUAAAUGCUUCUAAAUUUAUAACGUACAAAUUAUAGCAAAUACAAAAAAAUUAAAUCAAUAAAAUUAAUUAAUCAUUUUAUUCUUUGCCAAGUUAAUUAACUAUAAUCUGUUCGGAAAAAUAAAUAUAAGAAUUUUUUAUUAAAGAAAAAAGUAAAUGUUUAUAAAAAUUUCAAAGAAAUAUGGGUGGAUACGGGGGUUAUCAAACUCAUACUAGCAUCAUAUCGGCAACAGCACAAAAAUAUCUUCAAAAAUUCCGUAAUGAAAAUAAUAAUAAUUUAAAUAAAACUAAUAUAAAAAAUUUUAAUAAUAAUAGUGGUUCAAAUAACAACAAUAAUAAUAAUAAUAAUAAAACAGAAAAUUAUAAUAAAAAUACAAAAAAAUUUCAUCGUAAAUCAAAAUAUUUAAAAGAAAUUAAUCAAUUAAAACGUGCCAACCGCCAUCUAUUAAAUAAUUUUGGAAACAAUGAAUAUAAAAAAUUAUUUUUCACUACAUCUAAACGACGUAAAAUUGUUGCUACAAAUAGAACAACAAAUAUAUCGCAAUAUAAUACAAACCACAAAUGUAGUAAUCAUAAUAGAAACAAUUCUGCCAACAUAAAAACAUUUAGAAAAAGAAAAAGAAAUAGAAAAUAUAUGUCAAAAAUAACUACAACUACAAAUAUGCAGCUAACUACACCGAUUGGUUAUGUGUCGUUUUCGCUGUCAACUCAAGGUAUUUUUACAGUAGUAGAAAAACAAGAACAAAGUACUAGUGAAUGUGAAUUAUUUGUAGGUGAAGAAGAAAAAAAAGAAAAUAACUUUACUGAAUUUGAAAUAAUAAAAAAAUUAUCUAAAAAAAGAAAAUCAAAAAAUAAAUUUAAUAAUAAUGACGAUUGUAUUAAAAGUAGAACAUUUUCGGUGACUUUACCAAUAUAUUGUUCAUCGAAUUCAUUAUUAUUUGAUUUUUAUUUUUUUAAUGAAUUUUAUGCUGAUGAUGAUACCUACGCUAAUGCAAAUGAAUUUAAGGAAAAUUUUUUAUAUGAUAUAAAUAAAUUAUAUUUUAUUUGUGAUAAUUAUAAUAAUUUGGCAAUAAUAAUGAGUGAUCAUGCUAAUACUGGUAAUAUGCCAGUUAAAAAACGAGGACAUCAACAUCAUUUACGUUUUUCUGGCCAACGUCGUUCAAAUGUACCAGUUGAAGAAGUAUUAGAGGUAUUACGUCGUGGUGGAACAAUUGAAUUAACAACAACAGCAGCACCAACAUCAUCAAUAUCAACAGAAGAAAUAACAAAAACAACAACAUCAUCAUCAUCAUUAUCAUCAUCGUCAACAUCAUCAUCAUCAUCGUCGACAACAUCAACAUCGUCAGCUGCUUCUGAUAAUAGUUUAGAUACAACUAUUAAUCCUACUAUAAAUAACAUUGAAAAAGUAAAUGAUGUAAAUUCAACUAAAACAAUUGAUGAUAGAUUUAAGGUGGAGAUAGGAAAAACUAGUGGAAAUGUUAUAAAUAAUUCAAAUGAGAACACUAAAAAUAAAACUUUAAAUAAAUCAAAAAUAAAUUUAGACGAAAAAUCAUCUGUUAAUAAAGAAAUAGAACAAGAUAGUGCAUCAAUUAAAACAAAAUUAAUGAAAGAUGUCAAUCGCAAUACCCUAAAUGAUAUAUCAAAUAAAACUCGACCAAAUAAAUUACUGCCCGACGGACAGAACAAUAGGGAUUUGAAAUCAAUAACAACAGAGGUUGAGAUAAUAGAUUUAACGAGAUCAACAACACCAACAAGUGCCUUGCCAGCAUCACCAUUUGAUGUCAAAACUAAUUUAGAUUCCCCAUCAUCUUCAGUUACUAAUACAUCUUGCCAGUUGCUAUCACCAACAUCAGCUAGUUGCAGUAGUCCAACACCAACUGAUGAUAGCAGUAUUGCUGAUGAUACAGUUUUAAUAAAAUCUUCAGUCAUUAAAACAUCAAAAUCGUCUACCAAAUCUAAAACUAAAUCUAGUAGUAAAUCUGUAGAUAAUAGUAAUAUUAAUAAUAAUAAUAGUAAUAAUAAUAAUGGUAGCUCAAAACGUGAUAAAACGUCCAAAGAUUCCAAUUCGAAAUCAGAUAAAAAACAUAAACGACGACGUGAUCAAAAUAUUAUAAAUAAUAGUAUUAAUCAAUAUAGCAAUAAUGAACGAGCUCCAGGUGAUGGUGCACCAGCCGAUCCAGAUAUCGAUAACAUUGAAAAUGAUCCGGAUGCAGCUGAAUGGGCUAAAAUGCGUUGUACUAGUGAAUGUACUGAAAUUGUUGCAGAACGUGAAGCACGUCGUAAUAAAAAUCGUUGUGCCGAUUAUCCAGGUCUUGCAUUUGGGCGUUCAAUAUUUAGCUCUGAUACUAUGAUGAAAUUUAAUAUUAUUCGUAAUGAGUUGCAUAAUAUUAUGAAAACUCAACUUAAAAGGGUAAAUUUUUCGAUUAAUCCUAUACGACAUUUUUUUUUUCUAUUUUAGCAUUUUGUGGCAAUGAGUGAAUGUGAAAUUUAACAAACAACUGUGAUAAUGAUUAACAAGUUUUGUGAGAAUGAUUUUUUUCUUAUUUGACACAAAUUAUUUAAAAAACUUUUAAUGUCAGUUUAAGUUUAAUUUGGCUUGAAUACGUUAUCUAAAAUAAUAUAUUUAAAAUUUAGAAAAUACGGUUCACUGAAACAAUUUUCUUGUUUACAAACGUAUUUCUCUAAAAAAAAUUCUCAAAAUUAUAAGUUUGAAGUGUAGAUACAAAUACUUGAAACCAGAAAUUCAUAUAUUUUGACUUUAUACGCAAUAUAAACUUUCCCAUGGAAAAUUUUAUUUUAUUAAAACCCUCCCGCAACAUACGAAUUUGUUUAAAAAAAAAUCAUCACGUAUGCAAUAAAUAUACAUGUAAUAUGUAUGUAUGCACGCUUAUCUUGUGAUCUGAAAAGAAAACGCGGAAUAUUUUCACCGCUUGAGUAAUUAUGUGUAUAUACAUAAUAGCUACAAGUAAAAAGUAAAAAGAAAAAUAAAUAAAAGCGAUCACUUGACUCGUCAUCAUUAUAAAUAUUUCCAAAUUCAUUUUUUUUUCCUUUCAUUUUCAACAAGAAACAAAAUUUUAUUUAAAAAUUAAAAUAAGAAAUUCAUACAUAAAUAUAUUUUUUUCUAAAAUUUUAGUUUAUAAUUUUUGGAUGAAUUUUUGUCUUUCUUAAUAAUGAAAUAUUUAAAAUAUGAGAGAGAACGAGGCAACGAGGAUGAAAUCAAAAAAUAUAACCUUGAAGAUAUUCGCGAAAUCAUUCAAAAUUGAUUACUGUUUUUUUAUUGUUUUCUUUCAUUUUAUUAGAUAGAUGAAAAGAAAGCUUUUUCACAAAAUUACAUUUGAAUUAUUUUUGUCUUUAAAUACAAUAAACACUUACUGGAUCUGUUUUUAGAAAAUUAA